AUUGGUAUUAGUCCACGUACAUAUAUCCCAUUAUGGUUUAUUUUACCCUUUUGUCCACAAAAAGCAACUAAAAUUGAAAAAGAAUAUUAAAAAAAAAAACAAACAGAAAAAAGAAUCCGAUAAGCUCAAACUAUUUGAUGAGAGUGAACCAAUUUCGUAAUUCAUACUCCAAAGAGCUUUAAAUCCCACAUAAAAAGAGAGAGCAUUUGAAUCCACCCCCAAUCAACAACAAAAACCCUCCACCAAAAAUGCUAUAAUUUACCCGUGAAUUGAGCAGCCGAAUUCAGUGAGACCAGAAAUCCCGGCCGACGAAGACGACGAAGGAGGAGGAGAAGAGGGGGAAAAAGGAAAUGGCGAUCUCCGAUGCGGUGGUGGGGAAUCUGACGACGCUGUACCUGGCGGUGAUUGCCGGAAUGAAGGCGUACGGGCUGGUGAGUGGCCGGAGCUUCGGUGGAGGAUUUGUGCUGAUUGUAUCCACAGCUGUGGUGGGCGUAAUCUUGAUUGCCAGUCUGACGUGGGACGUGUCCCGUAAGGCCACGUAUGCGCUGACACGGAACAAUCGCAUCAACCAUCAUCAUCCAAGUGGUGGCGGGCAUCACGGCCACGAGAUGUGCCGCGGUGGUAUCUGCUGGCACGGCGUCGCCGUCAAGAAGCCGGCGUCUCAGGUCCGGUUCCGGCUUCCUCCACAACAACCACCUCUUCAGAACCGACAUUAGUCGGUUCCGGAUUCGGGGUGAUCCGGACCCGAUCAGAUUAGUCAAAUUUGUUAGAAAGAGUCGCAAAGAAUUCCAAAAGAGGGGAUAAGGAUUAAAAAAAAUGGCUCUUUUUCUUUCCUAUCUCUCUGAAUCUUCUUUUUUUUUUUUGGUUCCCUUUAGUUUUUUUUUACUGUUUACUUGCUGUAAUUAGUAGUUAGUACACAGGAUUUAGCUAUAUUAUAUAUACACAUAUAACAGUUUAUACAUAUAUAUAUAAUUUUACUAGGAUUUUUUUUUUGGGGGGGUACACUGUCAAGAUGUUAUUCUUUACUAAAAUUAAGCAGUAAAUUCUCUUGUUUUUUUUAGUGGUUUAUGGUUUAACUGAAUUCCCAUUCAUCCGUGGUCUUGCACGAUAUCCAUAAUCUGAAUAUUAAUCUAUUUCUCAUUCUUUUGCACACUUGACUAUGUUUAUUGAUGUUCUUGAAGCCAAACUAUAUGGAGUAAGGGUCCUUUACCUUUGUUAAUAACUAAAUGUUGAACACCAGCCUCAAGUAUUAUUAGGAGUGUUUUUAUGCAUUUAAGGAGAGGAAUUGCUAAAUGAGUGGAGUGAAAGACGAUGGAAGGAACCUACGAAGCUCGAUUGUGUCAAAUUGGCCUGCGAAAAUCAGAUGGAGAAGUUUGUUUAUUGGCCUUUUGUUAUUACGUCUGGCUUUGAUAACAGAUUUACAAAUAUGGGUUGGUUGGACCUGAACCUGGAUUAAUACAUUUUGGGCACAGUGUCAGCAUAAUUUCGUCAUGGUUUUGGUUUGGAGUUUGAACCAAAUGGAUGUUUCCUAAUUUGGCAAGGCUUCUCGUACGUUGUAGUCUGUAGAUCCAUACUACAUGAAAGCAUUUUCAGUUGGUAACCGAAAUGAUACUACAACUAACUAAAUUAUACUGCAGUUCAUCUCGCUUCGGCUUUCGUCACUUGGGUGUUUGUGGAGAAGUUUCCUCUUUUUGCCAUUUGAUGUGAGUAGUUCUUAUUUGUUUCCAUCUAUUGUUUGAAUAACCGCUUUUGUAUUUAUGUUUUGAUUUCAUCCUUUAUAGUCCGUGUUUUAUUUGGUCCCAUACGUUUGUGCUGGACAUUGUAGUUACCAUUUGUGAAUUCACUCUUGAUUUGCAAAAAGAACAAUAUUUGGUUUAGAUUUCAGGGACAUGGUUUAUACUUUAUACACACACAGUCACACACAUAUAUACUCGAAAAAAGAAUAAUCUUUGUUGUACUAAAAAGCAAUUAGAUGCUUGUCCGGACAAAAGUCCCGGACACCCUGCUUAACAUAUUGAUAUGUUAUUAAAAAAUAAUACUAUACCCAUGACCCAAAACAAAAAAAUAAUUUUUUUUUUUGCAAAAAAUAACUCCUAUCAUGACUAUCUUUUUGAUUAAGCAGAUUUCUAUCCAUUUCUAUAUGUAAAAUAACCUAUUAUUGUUGCGAAAACUACGCAAAAAAAAAAAAAAAAAAAACCAUGUGAGACCCGAAAGUUUCAUCUUUCUUUAGGAUUAACACACUGCACCUGUUUCUUGGGAUUACCUUGCGUUUUCCUCUUCCGAUUGAAUAAUCAGAGGUUCCAAUUCCACAGUAUAGCCCUUAUAUAUCAACCAAUUUAUAGAAUUCAAUAACAAUGAGAAACAUGUUUAUGCUGUGAGACUUAGCAGCAAAUGCUCUUUACUCGAUCAUUUUAGUUAUAUAGAAUUUCUCUAUAAAAUAAUAUAUUAUUAUAUUAUUUAACAACAAUUCUAAUUGUUAUAUAUAAACAACUCCAAUAAUAAUCAAUUUUUUUAAAAAAAUACUCCCUCUGUCUCAAAAUUAUUGUCCAGUUUAAGAUUUCACUUUUAGUACAAUUUGAACUAAAAAUAAAAACUCAAACUGGACAAUAAUUAUGGGACGG